AUGACAGAUGUUCAAUCUUUGAUUUUGGAUAUUGGAUCGGGAUCGAUAAAGGCUGGAUUACAUUUUCAUGAUGAACCUUCAUUAAUUAUUUCAUCAAUGAUUGGAAGAGUGAAAUAUAAACCUGUCAUGAUGACAAAUGUCAAAUUGGGAUAUGUUGGAAAUGAAGCAAUGAGGAGGAGAGGGAUAUUGGAUAUUUCGUAUCCGAUCAGGAGAGGAAUUGUUCAAGAUUGGGAUGAUUUGGAAUUAUUAUUUCAAUAUAUAUUCGAAAGUGAAUUAAAGGUGGAUCCACACGAGUUUUCACUUUUUCUUUCUGAUUCUCUUCUCAAUCCAGAUUCUAACCGAGAGAAAAUGGUAGAAUUACUAUUCGAAACCUUUGGCAUUCCAGGGCUUUAUUUCGAAUAUCAACCCUUGCUAUCUCUAUAUUCGUCUGGAAGAACUUGCGGAGCUGUUUUACAUUCCGGAGAGGGACUUUCUCAAAUAGUUUCAAUUUCUAAUGGAUAUGUUCUUCCCCAAACUAUUCGUCGACUAAAUUUGGGAGGUUUUGAUCUGACGGAAUAUUCAAGAAAAUUACUAAAUACGAAAGGUCAUUGUUUCAAAAUGAAAGCAGAUUUUGAAAUUGUGAGAGAAUUGAAAGAGAAAUGUGCAAGAAUUUCACUUUCUAACGAUGAUUUGCAGCAUAUAGAUUCAUCUGAAUUAUUUUACGAAUUACCUGAUGGAAAUCGAAUAGAAAUUGGAAACGAAAGAUUUGAAAUAGGAGAAGCCUUAUUCAAUCCACAAUGCCUAGGAAUAGAUUCCAUUGGAAUUGACCAAUUACUAAUUGACUCAAUACAGAAAUGUGAAAUUGACACUCAAAGAGACAUGUUUGGAAACAUUAUUCUUGAUGGAGGGAAUUCACGAAUUCCAAACUAUUCCACUCGAAUAGUGAAUCAAGUUGAGAAGAGUGCCUCACCAUCAAUGAAAGUAAGGCAUGUCAACAUGUCAAAUGAAUACUCUGAAUGGAUUGGAGCUGCCUUCAUGAUUCUCCAUUCUCAAAUGAAUUACAUGUGGUAUUGCAGAGAACAUUAUGAUGAAUUUGGAACAAAUUUUAUUCAUAAACAUGGAGAAACAUUUUAA